AGAAACCACUUUCAUUCACACAACACGUGUUUGGGCGCCAUCAUUAACUGAAUCCUUUUUCUUCAGUUUGAAAUUUGCGCCAGCUUCUUUAUUCUUCGUUCUUAUCUUUGUAAAAGAACUUUUUAAAUCAAUUAAUACGAUAUGUCUAUUGGCGUUCCAAUCAAGGUGCUGCACGAAGCAGAAGGUCACACCGUGACCUGUGAAACUACAACAGGCGAAGUUUACCGAGGAAAAUUGGUCGAAGCCGAAGACAACAUGAAUUGCCAAAUGUCCAAUAUUAAUGUAACAUAUCGCGAUGGACGUGUGGCUACGUUGGAGAAUGUGUUUAUUCGCGGUAGUAAAAUACGAUUUUUGAUUUUACCAGAUAUGUUAAAGAAUGCUCCCAUGUUUAAGAAAGUCCAGGGCAAAGGUGGAACCAGCGGCGGAGCUGGCCGCGGAAAAUCUGCUAUUUUACGUGCGCAAGCUGCCCGAGGUCGAGGUCGUGGAGGUCGAGGAAAUGUGUUCCAAAGAAGAAAAUAGUUUUUAUUUAUUUCUACUUUUUUAUUUUUUAAAUCAAUUUUUUUAAUAUUAUUAUUAUUUUUGUAUCAAUCAACCUAGACUUCUCAUAUCCUCAAGAUCCUUUCUAUACAGACCAGAUAGUCGGAAUAUCAUCAAACUGUCAUGAACUCAAGUUUUUCUCAUUCCUACCUUUUUUCACCACCUCUCUCCCUCUCUUUCUCUCUCACACAUUUUUUUCUCAUGCAAUAAAUAUUUCUUCAUUUUAUAA